AUGUCAUCUCGAAAACAAUCAAAUCUAAGUAGCCGAACAAAACGAAGAAGAGUAGAAGAUGAGUUACGGUAUAUUAAUGUCAGUGAAGAUGUUAUGGUGGUUAAUUAUGAUAUUCCUUCUUUAAUUGUACCUAAUAAAAGUGGAUCACAAUCAAAAAGUGUAGUUGAAAUUGAUUUGCCAACAAAUCCACAUGAAAAUAAUACUUUUUUAAAUUUAAAUCAAAAUCAGCUACAAAAUACUACGGAACUAACUGAAGAUCCAAUAUAUAACUCUGCUGAUGAAGAAAUUAAAUAUUUAUCAUCUGAAACCGAUGAAGAUGACGAUAUACAUUUAUGGAACAAUGACAGUGAAAUAUCUUCUAUAAUAUUAUCAUUAAUUACACAAUGGGCCAUUACAUAUAAUAUUCCUCAAAAUGCUUUGAGUAAAUUAUUAUUAAUAUUAAGAAAACAUAGUUGCUUUGAGGCUAUUCCUAAAGAUGCCAGAACUAUAAUGCACUCAAAUACUGCAAAACCUAAUCUGCGUAUGGUAGAACCAGGUAAAUAUCACCAUUUUGGUGUUGCCAAUGGUAUUAAAAAAAAUAUAUUAGAAUGUUCAAAAAAAAAUUCAGAUAUUCAAAUAGUUGUGGGAAUUGACGGAUUGCCACUUUUUAAAAGUAAUUCUGAACAGUUUUGGCCGAUACUAGCUUACAUAUAUCCCAACAACGAUAAUGUAUUUCCAAUUGGAAUAUAUUGUGGAAAAGAAAAACCAAAAGAUAGCAAUGAUUUUAUCAAAGAUUUUAUUGAUGAAUCUAAAGCUUUAAUAGAACAAGGUCUUUAUAUUGAUAGUAAAAAGUACAAUUUUUCCAUUCGAACUAUGUGUUGUGACACACCAGCCAAGUCUUAUAUCUUAAAGAUAAAAGGUCAUUCAGGAUUUUAUUCCUGCUCAAAAUGUGAAAUUGAAGGAGAAUACUUGGCCAAUAGAAUUUGUUUUCCGUAUACACCAUCCACAAGAUGUCCACAAACAAGGUCUCAUCAAAAUUAUUUAGUCCAAUCACAAGAAGAACAUCAUGUCGGCAACACUUCUCUUUUGGCAACAUUGCCAAUGUUUGAUGUUGUGACUACAUUUUCUUUAGACUACAUGCAUUUGGUGUGCCUAGGGACUGUACGAAAACUCAUAAUGCUAUGGAUCAAAGGACCUAUUGGAAUCCGAUAUCCGUCGUGGAAAAUCGAAGAAAUGUCUAAAGCAUUAGAACAAUUGAAAAUCCACAUACCUUGUGAAUUUGCUAGGAAACCUAGAACACUACUUGAAGUGAGUCGUUGGAAAGCGACAGAAUUUAGAAAUUUUCUAUUAUAUAUUGGUAUAGUUGUAACUAAACCUAUUUUACAAGAUGAACAUUGGAAACAUUUUUUCGGUUUAAGUGUGGCAAUGAUAAUUUUAUUGAGUCCUGACUAUGCAGAGUAUAUUAACGUUUCUCGUAUAUUAUUGGAUAAUUUUGUUAAAAAUUUUGAAAAAAUUUAUGGCCGUCAUCUUAUCUCGCAUAACAUUCAUGGUCUAACACAUAUUUGUGAAGAUUAUGUCCGAUUUGGUCCGUUAGAUACUUGCUCAGCAUUUCCAUUUGAAAAUUACAUGUGCUCAUUAAAAAGAAUGCUGAGAAAGCCAAACAAGCCUUUAGAGCAAGUCGUGAAUAGAUAUAAAGAAAUUUGUGAGCUGAA